AUGUCAAAAUAUCACAUCUUGGAUGAUUAUCCGACGUUGGACAUGACCAUUACUUGGAUACCAGUGCAAGCCACGGAUGAUUACGACGAGGAACCCAACGUCUCCGAGGAACCCAACGUCUCCGAGGAACCCUACGUCUCCGAGGAACCCUUCUACCCAGACGAAUCCAGCGGUCCCGACGAAUCCGACGAUUCCAAAAGCGUUGACGAUGAGCUUGAGCUCAAAGAAGGAACCACCGUUGAAUAUGAACAAGAACUCAAAGAUUGGAUCCUCGUAUCUUCCAAUGAAGGAUCCAGUGAACAACGUCCUACACUAUUGAACCGUCUCAAGUUGGUCAAACUCUUUUCAUCUCCUUAUCUUCCUCCUGACUCUCUCCUCCGUCCGCGAGUGAUUGUCCAAGGGUUGAGAUAA